CAGUCACGAAUACACUCCCACCACACAUUUUUUGUUUUUGUUUUCUCAAGGUAACCCCCAAAAUUUUCUUUGGCAGAGCAACUCGAACACAAAUGGAACCAUGGGCAAGGCCAAGAAGCGUAGCAAAGGAUCCAGUGGUGGCGACUCUGGUGGAGCGACGACCACUUGGGACAGUGCCCAUCAUUCGUUGCGACAAGAACAACAAGCCAAUAAACGGUACAAAAAGCAGCAACAAAGGCAAGAAGAGGGAGAAGGAGAAGGAGAAGGCAAGCAACCAGUCAAGGAAGACAAGCAUCAAGUCAAGGAAGAACGACGAUUCAAACUGACUGCCAAAUUGACCCAUGAUUCAAGAGAAAAACGAGAAGGUGCCAAAUUGCGUCUGAAUAUUACCAAAACCCAACGAGAAAUUGAAACACUGAGAGAACGAUUGCGAAAAUGGGACAAUGCCGAAGAACAAGAACGUCUGGAUGAAGAGGAACGCAAACGAAAGGAACCACCCAAAAAGAAGGGUCGAUUGGGACCGGAAUCUUGGAAACUCAAGGGUGCUGCUCGUCCCGCUUGGAUGGUCAAUGAAUUCGAUGUCCGUUACGAGUGUCCUCAUCUAAAGGCACAUGAAAAAGCUCGAGAAAAAGCCAAACGAGUGCAGAAUCUACUCAUUCUCUACAAGGGGAAAUUUGGACAACAAUUUGCGGAUAACGACCUUUCCUAUCCCUAUCGACGGCAACUUCUCGCACUUCUCAUGCAAUACGGUCUACUCAACAAAGAAGCCAAAAAGUACAAGACGGCACGGACUGCUUUGUUGGAAUGCCUCGAUUUGGACGGCAUUCAACAUCCCAUCACCAAUGCCCGAUGUCACUUGAUGCGACUCUAUCUACAAGUCAAUCGACCCCAGUCGGUACAUGAAUUGUGGAAUACACGACUCUCCGCCGCGGGCAAUCAGGAAACAUCCGUCUGGGUCCUCUAUUCGGUGGCGUUGGUGGAAUACAUUCGUUGGAACGACUUUGGUGAAUCCACCCGCCAACAAGCCGAACAGGCAUUGCUACGAGCUUUUGCCGGAAAUCCACUCUGUGCCUAUUACUUGGCAUUUGCCGACUUUUUUCAUCAGUACAUGGAAUACACCGAUGACAUUGAAGAUGCCGACGAUCCACUGGGACAAGCCAUUGAGUACUGUCAUGACGAACAAAUGGGCAUGUGGAUGGGUACCGAGGGUGCCUUGCAAUGGGUGCAAGAUACACUCUUGCGUGCCAAGGCAGACUUUGAUUGGAAUCGUCGACUCGAAAUGAUUGAAGCCGAGCAGAAGGCAAACGGUGAAGAUGAUCAGAAUGGAGAGGAAGAAGACGAGGAGGAGUCACAAGAAGACCAAGCGGAUCUUCUCAUGUUUGUGGGCAUGUUUCGAACAACCAUGGAAAUGCUAGAGGCCAACGGAUCGCUAGCGCGGGUGCCACCAGCAAUUGUGGAAGAUGCAAAGGACAACAACCAGCAAUCGGAAGGACAAGAAAAGAAGGACCAGGAAUCGGAAGAGGGCGAAGGAUCGCCGGACGAUAGCGAUUGAGAAGAACUUUUUGAACUUUUCUGCGUUAGAUUUGAGUCAAUGACAAGUUGCUAGCUAGUAGUGUGACUCCAACACCCUACACCCUCUACAUCAAGCCGACAGUACCGGUCUAGAAUCGAAUCGGUUAGAUCUGUAGUCUAAAUGCAUUUUCUAUUUUUAAGUGCGUCAAACAACUGCCCAG